CCCACACUUCCUGGGAGGUGGUGUUCGCCGACGGAGCUCAGGUUGAGAACGAUACGACUCUUUCAGGAAGCUUCGUACCGGGACACCAGUGAGAGGAAUUGACGGAAGUUGUAAAGUGCAGUCAAUAGAUUUAUACCAAGAGGCUUUACUCGAGUGGAUCAGGUGCCAGAUAGUAGGUUUUGCGUCCAAUGGACAUCAAAACAGUCCCAUAGGCCGGCGGAAUGGCGAAGAUCCUUCACUUACACAAAGAGGUGUCGCCCCUUAAUUCCGAGAAGCUGACGCCGGAAAAUCUGAAGGAGGAAGAGGAUUAUAAAGAGAAUGGAGUUUUGAUCCAGAGUCCCAGAUCGAGCCACAAGAACCACGAGGAAGGCAGCAAGGCACCCUCCAACUUGAGGGAAAAGGGCGAAAAGGGCAAUAUAUCCAAUAAUUACUCAGCUGUUCAGAGCCCAGUUGGACCCAAUGGUAGUAGUGACGAGGCUGACGACCCCAGUCGCAUUCCGUCGGACGGUUAUGGACUUCAGGAGCUGGAUAAAACAGUUCCAGACAGCCGAGAAACCUGGCACAAAAAAGGAGACUUUUUGCUCUCGGUCAUAGGCUAUGCGGUCGACCUCGGCAAUGUGUGGCGAUUCCCAUACAUCUGCUACCAAAACGGAGGCGGUGCCUUCCUCUUACCAUAUCUUCUGAUGGCUGUGUUUGGUGGUAUCCCACUGUUUUAUAUGGAGUUGGCACUGGGACAGUACCAUAGAAAUGGAGCCAUUUCAGUAUGGGCAAAGAUAUGUCCAAUUUUCAAAGGGAUUGGAUAUGCAAUCUGUAUAAUAGAUCUAUAUGUUGCCUUUUACUACAAUACUGUUAUGGCCUGGGCUCUAUACUACCUCUACUCUUCAUUUACUUCUGAGCUCCCAUGGACCAACUGUAACAACAACUGGAACACUGGAAACUGUACCAACUACUUCCAAAAGGAUAAUGCCACGUGGACAAAGUUUUCUGCCUCUCCUGCUGAAGAAUUUUAUACUCGCAAAGUGCUUAAGAUCCACAAAUCCAGUGGUUUGGACAACUUGGGAGGCAUCAGCUGGCAUCUAUUUAUUUGUCUGCUACUUAUAUUUACUGUAGUGUACUUCAGUAUCUGGAAAGGCAUACGGACUUCUGGAAAGGUUGUAUGGGUAACAGCCACUCUUCCCUACAUAGUCUUGUUUAUUCUCUUGGUGCGGGGUGCAACCUUGCCAGGGGCCUGGCGUGGAAUCCUCUUCUAUCUAAGGCCUGAAUGGAAAAAGCUAUUUACCACCCAGGUGUGGGUAGAUGCUGCAGCACAGAUUUUCUUUUCGCUUGGCCCAGGAUUUGGUGUUCUGUUGGCAUUUGCCAGCUAUAACAAAUUCACCAACAACUGUUACAAGGAUGCAUUGGUCACAAGCGCUGUGAAUUGCUUUACCAGUUUUGUGGCUGGCUGUGUUAUUUUUACCAUUCUUGGGUACAUGGCAGAAAGGAGGAAUGAAGAAGUAGCUGAAGUGGCCAAAGAUAUCGGGCCCAGUCUACUUUUCAUCACCUAUGCAGAGGCAAUGGCCAACAUGCCUGCGUCAACAUUUUUUGCCAUAAUAUUUUUCUUAAUGUUGAUCACUCUGGGCUUAGACAGCACGUUUGCAGGUCUGGAAGGAGUGAUAACAGCAGUAUUGGAUGAAUAUUCUGUGUUACUUAGAAAUCGCCGCGAAUGGUUUGUGCUCGGCCUAGUUGUGAUUUGCUUUUUGGGAGCUAUGAGCACUCUCACAUAUGGUGGGGCAUAUGUGGUGAAAUUCUUUGAAGAAUAUGCUACAGGUGCUGCUAUUAUUGCUGUGGUGUUUCUAGAAUCAAUAGCUGUAUCAUGGUUUUAUGGAAUGAAGCGUUUUUGCCGGGAUAUUAAAGAGAUGCUUGGUUUCAGUCCAGGCUUGUUCUGGCAAAUAUGCUGGGUCGCCAUUAGCCCACUUUUCCUUCUGUUCAUCAUCAUUAGUUUCCUGUCAAUUCAGCCAGAAGUUAAACUCUUUGACUACACCUAUCCUUAUUGGACUGCAGUGGUUGGCUAUUUCUUGGGGAUUUCAUCAGUUAUUUGUGUUCCAUCUUAUAUGGUUUACAAGAUUAUAAUUACUCCAGGGACAUUUAAAGAGAGAAUCUUGAUAAGUAUAACUCCUGAAGUUGAAGAAAAUGAAACUCCUAAUUCUGGUGUCCAUCUGAAUGCUAUUUAAAACAACCAUUGUUGGUGCUCUCAGCUUCCUGGACUGACUGCUCAGAUCAGCAAAUGGUAUCACAAGAUCAAAACCUGAACCCAAAGUAAUAGAUAAACACGUUCAGAGUGAGCUUCAAACUGCAGCUUUAGUGAUAUCAGUAUUUCCUUCAAAAUAUUGAUUUUUCUUCAUAUUUUACUGGUAUACAUUGUAUUGAUAUAAACAUUCACACACAAAUGUAAACUUAAUGAUGAGUUAAAUGAACAUUCCAGUUUCUCUUUUAUUGCCCAUUGGGCAUUAUACUACACUUUUUAUAUAUUAAAGAGGAAUGACUAUUAGUGACUGCAGACUGUUUCUAUGUUCUAUAAUGUAAUUUUGUGUAUUUUAAUUGGGAAAAUAAUAUUUCUAUUUAUAGGAAACUUCUUUUCAUUAAAAUGUGGCAUUAUUUUCAUGACUAGUGUUCCAAAGCAUGACUUCAAAAUUAAUUAUAAAUUUGCAUUAAAUGCAAGCCAGCGUUUUGUUGGAUUGUAAUGUUUACUUUAAGUUAUACCUCGCACAUUUACUUGUAUAUUUUUCAUUUUUAAUCUGUGUAGCCAUGAAGCAAUUGUAUUUGAUAUAUUACUUCACAUGUGUUCUGGGUGCCUUAUUUCUUAAUUUAAAUUUUAUAAACAAGAAAGAAACAUUCAGAGUCACUCAAAGAUACAUAACUGGAAUAGAUAGUAAGCAUUUGUUUUGAUAAAAUAAGUGGAUUUUCUGUUUAAAUGUUUUGCAAGAAGUGAUUAAUAUAAUUUUACAAGGCUUUUCAAUAUAUGUUUCAAGAUAGAUUUCGGUACUCCAGUACUAUGUAAAUGUGUCAAAGUUAAAUGAUAUAUAGCAAUCUUAUUGGUGGAUGGCAUAUUAAUCAAAUUUUCUGGACACCCCAAACUGCUUUACAAGCAUUUUGGGCACAGCAAACUCCUCACACAACAUGACAAUAACUAAACAGUUAUUUUGCAGCCAGCUGGUGCAUAUAAUCAUUAGUUCCUAUACAUCUCAAAUGACCUAUUUAAAAACAAUUAAAUCUGUUAACAUUUUAUAUUGUAUUUCCGUUCAUCACAGAGAUGGUGUAAAUUUUGUUUUAAAAUUUACAAAUAAGCAAAUAAAAGUAUUACGAGAUCCAUGCCGAUUCCAAUUAUCUAUGAAACGCUUUUGUCCUUAAUCACUGCAAAAGAUUGGUCAAAAACUUCAUAUCGAACAAGGUUUCACAUUGUGUAGUGAAAAUACAAUUUUGCAAUGGCCGUAUUAGAUGCCCUUUUGCAAAGAAGACAAAUAGAGAUUGAGUAUGCAGUUAUUACUUUGUGGUAUUGUAUCUAAAUGCUUUAAAGGGUAACAUUACUUAUGUAAUUGUGCUUAAAAACAUUUUGCCUUUACCUCUGAAAGCAGAAUGAACAGAGCAAAGCUAGACUAAGCACAGGUGAAAACAUCCCCUUAAUAUAAAUGUUCUCUUUGGGGCUUGUUGCCAUGCAGUCAAAAUUUCAAGGCAGGAUUGUUAGCAUCAGACUGCAUUGGUAUAUAAAUUUGAUUUGACAUUACUCAGACGCAAUUGUGAAUACUGUAAAAAUUGGCUAGCUUAUGAAAUGUACAUCUGAAAGACUUCAAUUAUUGUGCAGCAAAAUGCUCCAUCUAGUGGCCUGUAACUCCUUCACCGAUUAGCCUCAACUACAUAGUGGGCACAAACCUAAUAGUAUUUCCAUAUUUGUGAGAUUGACUGGUUUGUUUCUGGAACUGGUUAUAUCAAGCCAUUUUGUACAUCUACAGUACUUGUUGGUCAAGUCCGUAAGUUUAUUGAAACUGCUAUUCAUGUGUUACUGAUGAAUGUAUUUGUCCAGCUUUUGUAUGCAAAUUAUUUCUAACUGUAUUUAUGCAGAUGUAUGCUCCUGUUACUGGUAUCACUUUACAUAAUUAUUAAAUAAAGUUUAU